UUCUCUGGCAAUUUCCCAACCUUCGAUUUCAACCCUUGAAGCUGGCACCCGAGCACAGCACCUAAUGCAAAAACCACACCUCUUCUUCCACCACGCCCGCGAGAACGCAGAAACCACUAGCCAGCCACCAUGACCGCCGUCCACAACAACAUCAUCAGGUGUUCAACAUUCCUCGUCGUCCUAUGCACAGCCUGCAGCUCCUUGCAGUUCACAUACCCGAGCUUCGACGACACAACCAACGAGUCCGAUUUCAGCUUCACCCCGGGCACCGCAAUCUCGAACGGCUCCCUGCACAUCACGCCCAACACCGGGAACCUCCGCCACCGGUCGGGGAGAGUGGUGUACGCGCGGGAAACCCUCAAGCUGUGGAACAGCAACCGCACGGCGCUGACUUCGUUCAGGACAGAGUUCACGCUCAACAUCCUCCCGCUGGAACGGAACGGGACAGGGGAAGGCAUGGCCUUCUUCCUCACCAACAACCCGUCGCUGCCCCGCGACAGCAGCGGGCAGUGGCUGGGCUUGUCCAACAAGCAGACGGACGGCGCCGCGGCGAACCGGAUCGUGGCCGUCGAGUUCGACACGCGGCGGAGCGUCGAGGCCGGCGACAUCGACGGCAACCACUUCGGAGUCGACAACAACGGCGUGAAGUUGAUGUGGCAGUACCCGCUCAGCAACCUCUCCAUCGUGCUCGCCAGCGGGGUCGACGUGUGGGUCGGGCUCACGUACGACGGCGCCACGGUAAGCGUCCAGGCGGUGCAGGAAGGGAGGACGUUCGCGUACUCUUGGCUGGCCGAUCUGUCGCCGUAUCUCCUGGACGAUGAUAUAUUUUUUGGGUUUUCGGCUUCCAACGGCGAGUCCCCGCAGUUGAAUCAGAUCAGGUCCUGGAAUUUCAGCACAUACGGCGAAGCGAUUGCCGGCGCCGACGACGAUGAGGGGAGGUACCGGAGGCAGAGCUUGAUUCUCGCCGUGUCGAUUCCGCUUGCCAUGUUUGCGUUGUUCGUGGCGCUGCUCGUGUGGAGAAGGCUGACGCGGCAGACUAGGCUCGCGUACCGGAACCUGGAGAAGAUGAUCGACGCGCACGGUCCGGUGAGGUUCAAGCUGAGGGAGCUGAGGAAGGCGACGGCAGGGUUCAGCACGGCGCGCAAGCUGGGGCGAGGCCGGUCCGGCACCGUGUACCUGGGAUACCUGAGCAGGAUGAGCAUGGAGGUGGCCGUGAAGCGCGUGUCGACGAACGUCAACUCCAACCGGGGCGAGAAGGAGUUCGUGGCGGAGGUGAACACCAUCAGCAAGCUCUCCCACCGCAACCUCGUGAAGCUCAUUGGGUGGUGCCACAACAAGGGCGAGCUGCUCCUCGUCUACGAGUACUUCCCCAUGGGCAGCCUCGACAAGCUCCUCUACGCCAGACCAAGCAGCAGAGCCGCCGCCACGCCACCGUCGUCGACAACGACGGGUCAGACGAACACGAGCGCCAGCGAUCCGGAGCUGACGUGGGAGCGGAGGUACAGGAUCAUCCGGGGCGUGGCGUCGGCGCUGGACUACCUGCACCACGGGAGCAGCAAGCGGAUCCUGCACAGGGACGUCAAGGCCAGCAACGUGAUGCUGGACGAGGAGUACAAUGCGCGGCUGGGCGACUUCGGCCUGGCGCGCGUCAUCAGCCACGACGGCGUCACGCACCACUCCACGCAGGCCGUGGCCGGCACGCGCGGAUACAUGGCGUACGAGAGCUUCUUCACCGGACGCGCCAGCCUCGACACCGACGUGUUCGCCUUCGGGGUCUUCGUCAUGGAGGUGGUCAGCGGGAAGAGCCCCUGCAGCUCCGUGUUGUGCCACAGCGACGACAGCCGAGGCGAGUCAAGAGCGGGAUCUCAUUCUCGCCCUGCGCCCAUGUACAUUGUGGACUGGACGUGGAGGCUCUACGGCGAGGGGAAGGCGCUGCAUGUUGCCGACGAGGUGCUCGGCGGAAUGUACGACGAGGCGCAGGUGGACCGCGCGGUGAGGCUGGCCUUGGCGUGCUGCCACCCGAACCCGAGGGAGAGGCCGUCCAUGAGGACGGCCGUGCAGGUGCUCAUCGACGGAGCACCCGCGCCGGAGCCCCCGUUUGAUAAGCCUGCGUUUGUUUGGCCUCCGGGAGGGAAUCAGCAGGAGAUGGAGUUGCCGGACGUUGGGUUGCUCUUCACGGGAGGGGCAGGGCAGCACAGGCACAGCAGCUUUGGUUCCAUAAGCUGUUCCAUCUCAGGGAGGUGAUGAGUCCUUCGUGGGUCGAAGCUUGCUCUGCCGGCGGCCAUUGCUAGCUUCUAGGGACGUCUGUGAAUUUAACUGUUGCUGUUACUUUAGAGGAUGUUCAGAACUGUACAUUAUGAUUCUUUGGAUUAACGAAUGAUUUAUUUCUCA